AUGGCAGUCAUGCAACGACAGCACUUAGGUAUACGGGAAAUUGGAGAAUCCGUGAAUAUCCCACCGAAUCCCGUGGCGCGGGCUAUGUUUUAUCUGAGGUGCAUAUGCAACGUCUUGGACCUAAAUGAUGGAAGCAGUAAUCUCCAGAGAUUUACUGACUUCAAAAACUUUUACCUUUUGACAGAUAACGAGAUUGACGCGCUAACGUUGCUUAUAUCAUCCGUGAGACCACAAGAUCUGAUUGGUAAAUGUUUGUUCCACAAUGAAGAAAUAUGUGGAAAUUCCAACAACAAAUUCUUCGAGCUUCAAGAAAUGAGACAAAACAUGGUAAUAGUGAAUGACAUUCUCAUUGCUGGUCAACAGCGACGUGUGAAUAGGAUUAUGUUCUUCAAAACGGCAUGGCUUGAACUGUAUUGUAUUGCCCCCUUACGUUUUUUGGGUGACCGCAUGAUACGGCGAAAGGCGGAGCUCGACGCAAGAAAUGCUCGACUGAUGUAUUACCAUCAGACGGGUUCUGGCUCUAGCUGUUGUACCAUACUUUAA